GCGUCACUCUCUAGGGCUUUUGGGUUCGGACGCGGAUUCGUUCGUUCUCUAAUUCAUUCAUUUCACAGCGGAGGAGCGGGCUUCCUGGAUCGGUCCACAGUUUUCAGCUGUCCCGUACUGCUGUUUAACGGAACUAGUAAAUAUGAACUCAUUUGAAAAAUUUGAUAAGCUGCUGAAUUCUGUAUUGGACAGCCUAUUUGGAGAAAGAGAUACCCGCGUGAGAGGAUGGCUGCUGCUGGAUUCCUACACACCAACAUUUUUGCUCACCAUCACCUACCUCCUAGCAAUCUACCUGGGAACAAAAUACAUGAGAAACAGACCAGCAUACUCUCUGAAAAAUGUUUUACUGCUGUACAACUUCUCUGUUACUGUAUUGUCUUUCUACAUGCUAGUUGAGCUGAUAUCAGCAGUCUGGUCUGCAGGUUACCGUCUUCAGUGUCAGGCACUGGACGAAGUUGGUGAGGCAGAUAUCAGGGUAGCAAAAGUACUAUGGUGGUACUAUUUCUCGAAGCUGAUUGAAUUCCUGGACACUAUCUUCAUUGUGCUGAGGAAGAAAAACAGCCAAAUUAGUUUCCUACAUGUGUAUCAUCAUGCCUCUAUGUUUAACAUCUGGUGGUGUGUUCUCAACUGGAUACCAUGUGGACAGAGUUUCUUUGGGCCAACUCUAAACAGUUUCAUCCAUGUCCUCAUGUAUUCUUACUAUGGUCUGGCAACCAUCCCAUCCAUGCACAAAUAUCUGUGGUGGAAACGUUACCUCACCCAGGCUCAGCUGGUUCAGUUUGUACUGACUAUAACACACACAGUAAGCGCAUGGGUUGUUCCUUGUGGUUUCCCACUGGGAUGUCUAAAAUUUCAAACCUUCUACAUGUGCACACUUGUGAUCCUGUUUGUCAACUUCUACAUUCAGACAUACAAAAAGAGGAAAACGGAGGGUGGCAGAAUGGCUAAGGUUGGAUAUCCUAAACACAGUCAUUCCAAUGGCCUUUCAUCCUCUCUAAAUGGAGCCAACUCCAAACAGAAGCUACAGUGAUGCCACUACAUGACCAAUAGAUUGGAUCUUCUCAAUCCAGUUAGGCAAAAUACUGGUGUAACAAUAACCAUAAUAAUAGCCUUUUUUUUAAAUAACAAUUUUUUUUAACAAUUUUCAUAUCUUUGCUUUACAUUAUGAUUCUCCCAAGUUUCUGGGCAAUUUAAAUGAUGUACAGUAAUUUUCAGUGGGAAGAAAACUUAUUAAAAAUAAAUGCAUCUGUCAUGGAGAACAAACUAGCAAGAACAAAUUUAUAUUUAAAUCACAUUUGCUCAUUUAGCAGAUGGAUUUAUCCAAUGAGACUUACAAGUGACUUAAAAUUGACUAACGUAAAUGACGGUUUUUCUUAGUUGCUAAAACACUAAAACCCAUGGGCUGAACUAAGUUCUCAGUUGCCUGACCUGAUUUAGCUAAUCGUGUAGUCUGUUAUCAAUACCUUAAACCAUUUCACAUGCUAAAGCACUUUUCAGCAACACUCUAAACAUUCUCAUUCUCAAAACACAUUCUGCACUCAAAUGCACACGUCAUCCCUGCUGGUAAACACAAGUAGCAACAAUCAAAUACAAAUUACAAUACAAAAAAAGAUGCCAUUGAUCAAACACAACCACUCAAAAUUGAUGUCACGUUUUUCAAAUAAUGUGACACAACCGAUAUAAGCAAACAGGUUAUUGAAAGUGGGAAGGAGAUUGUCUAAGCAUGGUUAGAAGAAACAAUGUGAGGAUGAGUGCAAUGGGCAGUUUAUGAAUGUGUACUGUACCUCACGCCAUACUCACCUUUCCUGAAUCUGAUUGAAUAGUUUUAAGGAAAGUGUAUAAUUAGACAAUCCUACACCAGAGCAGAGGAAUCAUCAGGGCUUGAUAUGGCACACAAGAAGCUUCUUCCCCCGUUGCUUCAGGAGAGACAAUAUUGCGUUGUGUGUGACGUCAUCGAAAUGUUCUGGCUGACUCAGCCCAAAGACAAGAAGGAAAUUAAUCACCAUUUUGUCCAUUUAGUAUUGUAUACUGUAGUACAGUACAUUGUAGGCUGUAUGCUGUACAAUAAACUAAUUGUAUGGCCCUGAACAUUAAAAAGUACUUCUCCCUA